CAACUCCUCCUCCCUCUCUCCUCCAGGGCUCAGGAGAGACCUGACCCCAAGCACACAGCUGAUAAGAGGCAGAGUUGAAGUUUAACUGGUCUUCUGCAUCCAAGCUUCGGGUACUUUCUAUUUCAACCCCCCAGAUCUGGCAGGACAGCUGGGAAAAGCCAAGUCUGAGAUAAUCUGACUGAAAACAAGAUGACAGGACUGAUGCAUGAUGAAAGCACCUCCCCGCCCAGCCAGGUGGUGGCGGGGAGAUCCUGCUGGGAAGGAGUGGAGGAUGGACAGGAUGGGUGACAGAGGGCUUCCCGAAGGCAGACGAAGCCCCAGAGUGGAGGCUGCCUUGCUCAGCACGCUCUCUCCUGAAAGCUGGGUGCUUUCCCAUCCACCUCCUCUGACCUCCUCCCACUCAGCCCAUAAUCUGGCCAGGAGUCUGUCACCUGCCUUGUCAAAUACUGUGACAAUAAACCCAGAAAGGGGGACAGGUGACUCAGCCACCCUCAGGCUGGGCUUCUUGGUCUGUUCCUGGCUGGGCCACGUGACGGGCCUGGAGCAGGCUCUGCCUGCCUGCACGGUGGAGGAGCAGUGGGAGGAGGGCUCAGGAGACCAGAGAGAAAGCAUUCACACAAAGCUGGAGAGACUCGGGCCUGGCCCUGGCUCACAGGACUGCACAGGCUCUGCAGUCAGGCCCUCCCCUUCUGUUGCUGUAGCCCCGGACUGUCCCCAACCCCACAACAGCCCCUCCACACACACAACCAUUCAGGAUCCCAAAGAGCUGGUAAGGGUGGGGCAGACAUUUGCAAUUGCAGGAAGUGCUUUAAAGUGUCAGGAAAGGAGUGCAAGAUGGAAACUGUACACAUACUGAGGAGCCUCAGGAGGAAGUCAGUUAUGGCUCUGCCUCCAGGGAUCCCGCAUCUGCUGUGGACCCAGCACUGGCCUAGUGGUGGCUCAACGAUGAACACUUAUCAGAACACAGUCUGUCAAACUCCUGCUUUCAAUCAGCCUUUGGACUUGCAUCAGAUUUCUAGACCAAACAGAGCUAUUACCUGUAUUUAGCUAUUAGAACCUGGAUAGGUACAGAAGUUGCUGGCACCAGAUUUGGCACAAAAUAACACUAAUUAUUCAUGUAAAUGAUGAACAACUGCAACUGCCUCAGAAGUGCACCAUAUCGUUAUCAUAAUCAGUCCUCACAUUUGGAUGGUAUUUUACUUUUCAAAGCAUUUUCAAAUGCAGUAUCUCACUCCUAUGAGGAACAAGGGCUGUAUUAUUAUUCCCCAAGAAGAGUGAAGAAAAAGAGGCUUAAAGAGAUGAACACACUUUCCAAGGUCACACAGAUGGUUUCCAGGACUAGAAACCAGAUCUAACACCUAGCCCAGUGCUCCCAAUAUCCCUCAGGAGAAGAGGGGAGGCCUUGAGGGAGGUGGCUUGGUACCCCCGGGGCAGGAAGGGACAGUAAGGAAAAUGGCUCCAGGCCGUAGUGGGGAUCUGAGCACGGGUUCCAUCACUUCCCCAUGGGUACUCACCCCAGGAGCUUGCUAUGGUCCAGCUGGUGGCUCGGGGGCAUUCGGCAGGCACUAAACACAAUGAUCUUCCGCCCAUACUUGUCAUCUCCUAGGUGUGGAGAAAGGUGGAGCACAGUGGGUGAACAAUAAGCCAAGAGAAGUCAGUGGCUGUGCGCAGCUCAAAGACAGGGACUGUCUUGUCCAUCUUUAAAUGUCCAGAUGGUCCAAAGCCCAGCAAUGUGGCAGGUAUUCAAUAAACGCUGGUAGCCUGUCACAGGUUGGCAUUACACGGUAUGCACGGUUCUAUUUCUGAGUUUGCUCACCAUGUUAUCUGGGAUAUGAGACUGCUUUGGACAGUUUCCCAAAGCCUGGGGCAGAAUUUCUCCAGACUUAACAAGCAGAGAACCCUCUGCAGGUAUGUCUGAGGAGGAGACGGUGCAGCUCCAUCCAGCAGCAGGUCUAUUUUGAAAGACCAGGUGUCACCUGUUCCCCUCCACACCCUGGACCAGAUCCUGAGGCGCUGGGUUCCUUCCAGGCCAGUUGGGGGUGGCUCUGCGGCCUGCUCUGAUUCACUUCCCAUAGGCUUUGACAGGAGAAAGAGCAGACUGGCAGUGGGCAGGGAUGAAGGGUUAGACUGCCCAGCCCACCCUCGUGGACAAUCUGGAGCUUCAGAAACCCCUGGGCCUUCUAUUAUGAGCCUGUGGGGCGGAGGGACAUCAUCUGUCUACUCCCCUCUAAGCAGAGGAAACGCCCAGGGUAUAGUGGAAAACACUGGGAGGAGCAUGGAGGAUUCUAAAAGAUUCUCUUCAUCACUGCCCUCCAACAGUAAGGCAGCCCUCAUUGGCCGGCAGAUUUGAGGACUUAGGCAGAGCAGAAAGUCUGAGCUCACAAGGCUCUGGUAUUUAAAGAGCUGGUAACUGGUUAAGCAAGCAACUGAGGUGAGAGGCCAGAGGCCUGUAGUUCCACCGCUCAGCUGCCCCAGCAACUUGUAAACAGGAAAUUGGGUUCUCAACCAGGUUUCCAUCAAUGGGCAUCCACCAAUGUCAUGAUGUUAUAUAAAAAAUAUUACAAGCACGUGCACGUGUUUUCUGGGGAAGAGGUCCACACCUUUCAUAUUUUCAAGGAGGACUCCUGACCAGUUUCAAGAACUGCUUCCCUGGACUGUAUGCUCCUUGAAGGAGGGAAUGUGCAUUGUUCCUCAAUGAAUCCUCAAUGCUGGGGACUUCCCUGGUGGUCCAGUGGUUAAGAAUCCACCUUCCAACGCAGGGGAUGCGGGUUCGAUCCCUGGUCGGGGAACUAAGAUCCCACAUGCCACUGGGCAACUAAGCCCACGCGCCACAACUACUGAGCUCGCGCACCUCAACUAGAGAGCCUGCAUGCCACAAACUACACAGCCCACAUGCUCUGCAGCCCAUGCGCCACAACUAGAGAGAAGCCCACGUGCCUCAAUGAAAGAUCCCGCGUGCUUCAACUAAGACCUGACACAGGCAUAAAUAAAUAUUAAAAAAAAAAAAAUCCUCAGUGCUGAGUACUGGACUUGUUCCCAGAGUAGGUGUUUUAUAAGUGCAUGCCAAGUAAAGUCAGGAUGGGGAUGGGGGACAAAGGAGGGGGCUCAGAGAGGGACUGGAUGGCAAGACUCCCAGACUAGCAAAGAACGAGACAUGGGCAACCCCAGGGCUUAGUCCGUCCUCUCCUCCCUGGAGUGGAGUCCCAUUGCCCAAGUCCUUGAGUGGCUCGGGCAUUUGCCAGCAGGCAGGGUAACGGCUCCUACAAGAAGCAUGUGUAUAAAGGCCUGGGAGUCCCCUCCUCAUCUCAGAAGAUUCAAACAGAUUUACCCUGGAAAAAGAAGGGGAAGAAGGAGCUGGCAGCACUGGUGGCUCCAGAGCACUGAGGGAGAGGGCUCAAAAAGGAGGCACAGCGUUUGUUGAAAGCACCAGGAAAAGACCAGCCGCCAGAGAAUGAAACCUCUGCAUUCCCAAGAUACGGAUCAGGAACUUCCCAGGGGAGCCUGGGUAUUAAUCAGCAACAGAGCAGCUCCUCCAGCAGGCGUUCUGGGACCCGCCAGACCAGCACACUCCCGUGACCUGAGAGCAGGCCAACCAAGGAGAUGGGAGGUGGGGGGCUGGGGCACAUUGGUUAAAAUGUGAAAUUGUCAGGAAUAGUGCAAGCCAGCUGACAUCAUCGUUGGUAGCUAGAAAUCUGCUAUUUGUAGUUAGAAAUUGCACGUGUUACAAAUAAUACAAAUAAUAGCCUUUUCUUUUUUUUCUUUCUGGAGGGCAGACUAUUAAACCUUUACCAGUACACCACUGGAAAGAACCCAUGUGGACCAGUCAGGUUUGACCGUGGAGCAUGACAGCUACUGCCAGCAAGGGAGAACAGAGGCUACAGAGGAGUUGGGGACAUAACACACCCUCCCUUCUAACGUGGGCUCUUUCUCUGGUUUCCAAGGCCAGGAAACUGGCCUCCCAGGAAGUCACCAUAGCCUCAUCAAACAACUCUUCCUCUGGCAGUGCCAAUCCAAACUCUUCUCAGCAGUCAGAGAGGCACACACAUGGGGGACACCCCACCAGAGGGGCCCUGAGCCAGCACUCGAGCCCGGCCAUUGCUUACAGCCAGCCCCACGACCCCCAUGGACAAGACUCCCCCUCCCCUGGAGCUCCUUCCCCUUUGGGCUCUGGAUGUGUGGGCUCCCCACACAGUCCCCACCCUGUCAAACCUCCCAUAAAUCCCCUGCUAUUUCCAGCUCCCAAGUACCACCAGCUCCCAGCUCCCAGCUCCCUGGAGUGGGGCUGCAAUUAAGCUGGAUCCACCUGGCCUCCACCAAGAGCCCUUCUUGAUCCACAGCCCAGAGAGGCCAAGCACAGAGAGCCAGGAACACACCUACACACCUACCUGGCUGGGCCCCCUCAGGCUCAUCGCACCCUGGAGAGACAGAAACAUAUUGCAGCUCUGCUUGCAGGGGUCACCUGGUGGGGAUGGGGGCAGUCUUCCCUGCUCUGCCUUGUGACUUGGCCACAUAGCCAGGAGGAUGUCAGCAGAGAGACUCCUUCACAUCAGACAUCCCUAUGCCCUAGUCAGGUCCAUCUCUAGGAGUGAGGAAAGUUCUGAGCCUUCAGGUGACUCUCCUGUACUCAGGGCAGGACCAGGCCAAAAAAGAACUCUCAGCCUUGCUUCUGUAGGGGUGACAGAGGCCAUAGCCAAGUCCUCCAAUCCAGACCAGGGCAGGCAUCAGGAACACAGAUGCCAAGGAAACACCUUGACAUUAGGAACAACCCUCUCAACUGCCCCAUCCCUCCCUGAGCCCAGCAUUCAGGAGAGACGGAGCUCCCUGCUGUUUCCCUAUGGCCGAAUGCCUCCAGGGCCCCCUCAGCCAGCACCACUCAGGGUUCCAGGGGCCACAAGCUACGUGGCUCCCCUUGCCCACCCCAAUGCCUCAGGGCCGUGCUGCCAUCCUUGCUUACAGCUGAAGAAGAGACAAAGGAUCCUACAAUUCCAAUUUCUUCGUCUAGCACUAGGACCCUAUAGGCAGAAACCAGGUCAUCAACAUCUCUGCUACCUCCCUUGCUCCUGGAGGCUUCUGGGUCCUGCAUUAUGAACAGGAGGGCGGGAGCUCACUGAGGCCAAGACCCAAGGGGGGGCUCUGCGCUCAUUCGUAGCAGGGUAGCACAUCUGUGGGGAACCUGAUGCUCCAGGAGUCAUGUGCCUCCUAACUUCUGGAAGGAGGCUCUGCCAUUCCAGACUUCCUUGGAGGUACGGUUUCCCCGGAGGGACUGGCACCUCCCUGCUCCCCAAUAACUGAUGGGGAAGAAAAGCUGACCUGAGGGCAAAGGGAAGGGAGAUGAAUGAACACUUAUUGAGGGCCAACUACGUUCUGGCUGUGGGCUAGGUCCUGAUAUACGUUCACCAUUGUCAUCCUCUCAGCAACCCUGUGAGGAAGGAAUGAGCUCAGACUGCAGAGCUGGAAAUCAAACCCAGGGCUUUCACAGUGCCUCCCACAUGCCAUAUGCCAGUGGAGAUGCUGAGGUCACAGGUCAGGUUGUGGUUGCAGGUGAACAGACCAAGUGGCCAUCACAAUCAAGUCUGUAUUUUUAAUGAAUGACACAUGGAGCCUCAAUAGCCCCAGAGUCAGGGGUCAGAGCGGCCCCUCCCCUGCAGCCCCUUCCCCUAAGGCAGGAGGGCCUGGCUUCCUUAAGCCAGGGAUGCAGACUAUGAGGGAAAAGGUGCAAGGCUAGGUGUGCUCACCUGCCACCUCCACAAUCUGGUGCCGGGCAAUGUCGUAGUAAGGGUCAUCCCACUUCAGGUGUGUGACAGGCUCCGGGGAGCUGCUUUUGGAGUCGUCUGAGGAACACAGCAAAGUCAGGGGAUCAUCUGGGGGUCUGGCACAAUUUUCUCCCUGAGAUUCGUGCUCUUUGGCCCUCCCCCCAGUAAGGCUUGUGCUCCCAGCCCCACCCUGGGGCUGGUCUGUUUGCCCACAUCCUGUCCUCCUGGGGUCUUCCUUCCACAGGAAGGGGGUCUUCCCUUCUCAGGCGCUUAUGGCUGCUGAGAUCCAGCCGUACCCACCUGACUUGGGAAAGUCGGGCAUUUCGUCUGAGGGCCAGUUCUUCUCAUCAAUGGAGGCUAGCUUCAGCUGGUUCAGAGCCUGGCUGGCGUCAUCCAAAGUCAGGUCGUCCUGCAGCUCUGAGAGUGGGUCCAUGGCCGAGCCUCUGCCCCACAGCUUCACGCUGCAGAACCUGAAGAGAACCCUGGGGGACAGGAGGGAGUUGGCAGGAAAUUUGGUAGUCAAUGACUGUUUCCGGGGGGAGCUGAGAAGGUGAGUCUCACUUCCGGCGGAGGGAGGCUUUCUGACCCGGGAUGGAGGAGGCGGAGGAGCUGCCCUUGGAGUGGGAGAGACUGCAGUUCGCCCCCGAUCCACGCCUGGGCCCGGACUCAGGAUGGAGCCCUUCCAGAGAAGGCUGUGCACAGGGACUCAAAGACCUCUCGCCCGGACCCACCCGAGCCAUCCUCGCUCUAAAGAGCCUCCCGCGGGGCUUGGCCCUUGGCCCCUCACUCAUCAAGGAGCAGCGCUUGGGGGUCUGGUGUGUCGGGGAACCCUUGCAGCCAGGACUGCUCUGGGGGCCACUGGAAGAGGAGUCUGUCUCCGAGCAGAAGGGCCAUGGAGUGAAACCAAAGCAGAAGGAGGACGUGUCACUAGGCCCAUGGGGAGAUGUGUGUGCUUGUGAGCAGAGUUCAGGCUGGACUAGUUUGGUGCAGCGGGGAAGGCUGGAGGGUGAGGGAAACGUGGCCCCAGUGCGGAUCAGCGAGAGGCUCCACCUGCAGGUGUACCGGGUCGUGCUGCCAGGUUUUGAGCUGCUGAUGUGGCCCCAGCCUCCCUCGGAGGGCCUGAGCCCCACCCAGCCCAGGCUAGAGGAAGAGGCAUCCUUGGCUGUGGUGACAGAAGUGGAGUCUGCUGUACAACAGGAAGCGGCCUCCCCCAGGGAGGAUGCAGCAGAACCUUGCACGGAUCCUGGUCACCAGUCACAGCCCCGCAUCCAGGCGGUGAGCCCUGGACUUAAGCCCCGAAUCCAGGACCAAGUUUCCAAGGAGAGCGAGCCACUCGGCCCAUUGCCUCAGGAUGGCCGUGUAGAUGAGGAGGACCCACCCCAGACCCAGAUGCCACCUGAACCUCAGAGCAGCUCCACUCCCCAGCAGGGCCCUGAGAGCAGUGAGGCAAGUUCUUCAUCUUCUGCCAGGGGCCCCCAGCUGCAUGCUUACCUAGUCAGGAAGUUGCGUAGCCCCAGUGAUCAGCGGCCACCCAGAGCGAAGACCUCAGAGCCCGGGGCCCAGCAGAGUGGAGAGCAGCAGCACCCUGGCUUCCCCGCAUGCUUGCGGAGCGCCCCUGGCCCGGUGGGAGGCUCUCCGAAGCGGGGGCGACGGUACCGCUGUGCCGAGUGUGGCAAGGCCUUCCUCCAGCUGUGCCACUUGAAGAAGCAUGCAUUCGUGCACACGGGCCACAAGCCCUUCCUUUGCACCGAGUGUGGCAAGAGCUACAGCUCAGAGGAGAGCUUCAAAGCCCACAUGCUGGGCCACCGUGGGGUGCGGCCAUUCCCCUGCCCUCAGUGCACCAAGGCCUACGGCACCCGGCGAGACCUCAGAGAGCACCAGGUUGUACACUCGGGUGCCCGGCCCUUUGCUUGCGACCAGUGUGGCAAGGCCUUCGCCCGCCGGCCCUCCCUGCGGCUGCAUCGCAAGACACACCAGGUGCCAGCGACCCCUGCCCCGUGCCCGUGCCCUGUGUGCGGGCGGCCCCUGGCCAACCAGGGCUCCCUGCGGAACCACAUGCGGCUCCACACGGGGGAGAAGCCCUUCCUGUGCCCACACUGCGGCCGGGCAUUCCGCCAGCGGGGCAGCCUGCGCGGGCACCUGCGGCUGCACACAGGGGAGCGCCCUUACCGCUGCCCACACUGCGCUGAAGCCUUCCCCCAGCUGCCUGAACUGCGGCGCCACCUCAUCUCCCACACUGGGGAGGCCCACCUGUGCCCCGUGUGUGGGAAGGCCCUCCGGGACCCCCACACGCUGCGCGCGCACGAGCGCUUGCACUCAGGCGAGAGGCCCUUCCCGUGCCCCCAGUGCGGCCGUGCUUACACGCUGGCGACCAAGCUGAGGCGCCACCUCAAAUCCCACCUGGCCGACAAGCCCUACCGCUGCCCCACCUGUGGCAUGGGCUACACUCUCCUCCAAAGCCUCAAGCGGCACCAGCUCAGUCAUCAGCCCGAGGCACCCUCCAGCCCACCCUGUGUGCCGCCUGCCUCUUCUGAGCCCACCGUGGUGCUCCUGCAGACCGAGCCAGAACUACUGGACACGUGCAGUGAACGGGGCGGGUCCCCAGCCCCGGACGUCUUCGAGGUCACCCUUUCCGAGAGCCAGGAUAAGUGCUUUGUGGUGCCCGAGGAGCCAGGUCCUGCUCCCAGCCUGGUGCUCAUCCAUAAGGACGUGGGCUUUAGCACCUGGGCAGAAGUGGUAGAGGUGGAGACGGGCACCUGACCACCCUCAGCUUCCCUCAGCAGAGCUCUGUAUAAAGACUGGUGUUUCUGAGCUUGGGUGCCUGGAUCUUUCUCUUUGGGUUCCCUGAUAGAGACUAGUGUAUGAGAAGCAGGUCGAGGACUCCCCUUCCUGCUUAUGGACGACCACUUUGUUUCCCAAGACUCUUAAUAAGGUAAACCACUUCUAGAUGUGAGAUCUUUUUAUCAGCUUCCAGGAGAGCUUGUCCUGCCACCCUCCCUGGGAACUCCUCAAGGUGCUUGUUCUUUAAACGUUGUGGAAGUGACCCUGCCCAGUGAGGUAGCCAGGUCGCAGGCAGCACUGUUACCCUGCUGGCGUGCUUAGUGCUGGAAUAGUCACUCCCAUCCAGCUCCCUGAAGGACAAGCAUUUCUAUUUGGAACCAAACGGAAUGACUUGUGAAGGUUAAAAGGCCAGAGACACUCCGCUGACAAGUCUCUGAGUCAGGCGUUAGAUUAUUUGGGCAGCUUUUCUCACCACCGAAGGCCUGUGAGGUUGGUUUUUGUUCUGUGCUGAAGGACACCAGACUCAUUGGAGGUGGUUAGGGCGGGUCUGCACCCUUGUUUGUAUCUGGCCGAAGGCAGCCCUGUUGAGGGAAAGAGCGAGGAAUGAACAUGUGUUUCAUGCUUCAUCAGCUGCGGGCCUGGCCUGCCCGAGGUGCUGGGGACGCAGCUGUGGACAAGACAGAGGCAGCGCCCUUUACAGAGCUCAGGUCUACAAGGGGCAAAGAACGACAGUAAGAGUUUAAAGAGGAGCACUCCCCGGUGCUGUGGGUGUGUUUAGUGGGAUGGGUUCACUUGUGGGCCUCAGGGAAGGUGUCCCCAAGAAAUUAUAAUGAUAAUAAACAGCAUUUGUUGUGG